GGACGGGUUUCAGUCUAUAAUAUUUUGUAUGUUGUAAAGCAUUUACUUUGGGAGUUUUUUUUGAAAAAUGAAUUUUAAUAACCUAAUGAGCAUAGAUGAUUUGGAUCUGUUUGACAAACGUGUUUUGAUACGGGUUGAUUACAACGUUCCUUAUGAUAAUGAGGGGAACAUCACUGACUAUUUUAGGAUUGAGGAGUCUUUGAAAACCAUAAACUACUGUAUUGCUCAUCGAUGUAGGUCCAUAGUGCUCAUGAGCCACCGGGGUAGACCUGGGGGUAAAGUUGUGAAAGAUUUAUCGAUGGAAAAGGUAGCGAAAGUUUUGGAAAAGUUGAUGCAACGCGAUGUUAUCUUUCUACCCGAUCCAGUACCAUCAAGAAAAACCGAGGCGUACUGCAGAUACCCCAGGCAUGGUUCCAUAAUCGUUCUGGAGAACCUGCGGUUCACUUUGGGGGAGGAGAAGACCGGCAAAGACUGGCUGGGGAAUAAGGUCGAAGCCACAAAAGAGGAAAUCAAAAACUUCAGAAAAUCCCUACGUAGGUUAGCUGAUGUUUACAUCAACGAAGCUUUCGGUACUGUCCACAGAGACCACAGCUCCAUGAUGGGCGAUCUAUUCGAAACAAAAGCGGCCGGUUUUCUGAUGAAAUCGGAGUUAACCCACCUAUCGGCCGUACUAACCCAAUCGCAAAACUCAAGACCUUUGGUCUGCAUUUUGGGCGGUAACAAGUGCGAGGAAAAAAUCCCCCUACUCAACCACAUGAUCAAUGUUGCCAACGAGAUAAUAAUCGGUGGCGGUCAAGCCUACAACUUCCUGAAAGUCGUGCACCACAUCAACGUGGGCGACUUCCCAACGUGCCCAGAACUCGAAGACACCAUCAAAAACAUCAUGAUCAAAGCCAAAAAAAAUAACGUCAAGAUACACAUACCACAGGACUUCUACAUAACCGACGAUAUGAAGAACGGGGAAGUGAAGCUGGCCGACGUCGAAACCGAGAUCGAACCGGGUUGGGUCGGGUGCGACAUCGGCCCCAAAACAAUUGAAGUCUACAGGAAGACCAUAUCCCGAGCCAAGGUCAUUUUAUGGAAUGGACCGAUGGGUACAGUGUCGUACGAUAAAUUCUGCAACGGUACCAGAGUUGUUCUAGACGAAAUAGUGAAAGCAACAAAAAAUGGUACCAUCACAGUCGCUGGUGGGGGUAGGACUGGUUAUUGUUUGGCAAAAUGGAACGCCGAUGGUCAAUUGUCUCACGUUUCCACUGGUGGAGGCGCGUUUUUGAAGGUUUUGGAGGGAAAAACCUUUCCAGCGAUAAAAGUCUUGUUACAGAAAAAUACCUCUAAGUAGGGAAUAUUUUGUGAUUUAAUCUUUUUUCUUACAAAUAUAAGAAAAAAUUAUUAUUAUUAUAUUAAUAGCGACUGUUUUAUGUAAUUUUAUUAUAAGAGUUUAGUUUUGUAAAUAA